ACAGGUUUCACAAUUUCCCGGAUGGGGCUGUGGUGGGUCACAGUGCGGCCUCUAGCUAGGAGGAUGGGGUGGCUUCCACUCCUGCUCCUUCUGAUUCAGUGCUCAUGGGCCCCUGGGCAGCGCUCGCCUUUGAACGACUUCCAGGUUCUCCGGGGCACGGAGCUGCAACACCCGCUGCACACUGCAGGGCCCGGGCCUUGGCAAGAGGACGCGGCAGAUGCUGAGGAGUGUGCACGCCGCUGCGGGCCCCUUCUGGACUGCAGAGCCUUCCACUACAACGUGAGCAGCCAUGGUUGCCAGCUCCUGCCAUGGACCCAGGACUCACCCCACACAUGGCUGCAGCGUUCAGGGCGCUGCGAUCUCUUCCAAAAGAAAGGUUAUGUACGGACCUGCAUCAUGGACAACGGGGUUGAGUACCGGGGUACCAUGGCCAUCACCAUGGGUGGCCUAACCUGUCAGCACUGGAGCCACAGAGUCCCCAAUGACCACAAGUACACGCCCACACUCCAGAAUGGCUUGGAGGAGAACUUCUGCCGAAACCCUGACAAUGACCCCAGAGGUCCCUGGUGCUACACCACGGACCCUGCUGUGCGCUUUCAGAGCUGCGGCAUUAAAUCGUGCCGGGAGGCCACUUGCUUUUGGUGCAAUGGGGAGGAUUACCGUGGCUCAGUGGACCGCACCGAGUCAGGACGCGAGUGUCAGCGCUGGGACCUGCAGCGCCCACACCCGCACCCCUUUGAGCCGGGCAAGUUCCUUGACAAAAACCUGGACGAUAACUACUGCCGGAACCCUGACAGCUCCGAGCGGCCCUGGUGCUAUACCACCGACCCUCGGGUGGAGCGAGAGUUCUGCGACAUCCCCAGCUGCGGGCCCGAGGCACGGCCGCGCCAAGAAGGCACGCCGCUCAAUUGCUUCCGUGGGAAGGGUGAGGGCUACCGGGGCACGGCCAACACCACCGCGGCGGGCAUGCCGUGCCAGCGUUGGGACUCGCAGAAUCCACAUCAACAUCGCUUUGUGCCCGAGAAAUACCCGUGCAAGGACCUUCGGGAGAACUUCUGCCGAAACCCCGAUGGCUCGGAGGCGCCCUGGUGCUUCACAUCGCGGCCUGGCAUGCGGGUGGCCUUUUGCUACCAGAUCCGGCGCUGCACGGACGAUGUGCGACCUGAGGACUGCUACUACGGCACGGGGGAGCAGUACCGCGGCUCUGUGAGCAAGACCCGCAAGGGCGUCCCGUGCCAGCGCUGGUCCGCGGAGACACCGCACAAGUCGCAAUUCACGCCCACCUCCGCUCCCGACGCGCACCUGGAGGAGAACUUCUGCCGGAACCCUGAUGGAGACAGCCACGGGCCCUGGUGCUACACUAUGGACCCCAGGACUCCGUUUGACUACUGUGCACUGCGGCGCUGCAAUGACGACCAACCACCAUCCAUCCUGGAGCCCCCAGACCAGGUUCUGUUUGAGAAAUGUGGGAAGCGGGCGCCGCGCCUGGACCAGCACCGCUCCAAGCUGCGCGUGGUCGGGGGCCAGCCCGGGAACUCGCCCUGGACCGUCAGCUUGCGCAACCGGCAGGGCCAGCACUUCUGCGGAGGGUCCCUGGUGAAGGAGCAGUGGGUGCUGACCGCCCAGCAGUGCUUUCCCUCUUGCCGUGAGCCGCUCACGGGCUACGAGGUGUGGUUGGGCACCAUGUUCCAGAACCCGCAGCCCACGGAGCCAGGCCUGCAGCGGAUCCCAAUAGCCAAAAUGGUGUGUGGGCCCCCGGACUCCCAGUUUCUUCUGCUCAAGCUGGAGAGAUCUGUGACCCUGAACCAGCGUGUGGCCCUGAUCUGCUUGCCCCCUGAGCGGUACGUGGUGCCUCCAGGGACCAAGUGUGAGAUCGCAGGCUGGGGUGAGACCAAAGGUACAGGGAACAACACGGUCCUCAACGUGGCUUCACUGAAUGUCAUCUCCAAUCAGGAGUGCAACGUCAAGUACCGCGGGCGUGUGCAGGAGAGGGAGAUGUGCACUAAGGGACUGUUGGCCCCCGUGGGUGCCUGUGAGGGAGACUACGGAGGCCCCCUUGCCUGCUUUACCCACGACUGCUGGGUCCUGGAGGGAAUGAUAAUUCCCAACCGAGUGUGCGCACGGCCCCGCUGGCCAGCCGUCUUCGUGCGUGUCUCUGUGUUUGUGGACUGGAUUCACAAGGCCAUGCGGCUGGGCUAGGCCUGGCCUCAACCCCAUGUACCUUGCGGGGGACGAAGCUUCCUGUCAGACAUAAAGCUGCCUUUCUUGCUCU